AUGACUUCUCGUUCCAUAACCAAGGACGAUGUCGAAAUCGCGGAUCGGCCUUCUCACAUCGAGGCCAUUCCAAAAGCCGCCCAUGUCACAGAAAUCGGCCACUUUCGUGUCGUCGGUCUCACCCCGGAGGAUGCUGAUUUCUUCUCCAACUAUUCCGAGGAAAAGCGAAAGAAAGUCUUUCGCAAAGUCGAUAUGCGGCUAGUACCUAUGCUGGCGUUGCUAUAUCUAAUAAGUCACAUUGAUCGCGCCAAUAUUGGCAAUGCCAAGAUCGAAGGAAUGGUCGAGGACUUGGGCAUGAGUGGGGUUCAGUAUAAUACAGUUCUUUCUAUAUUCUUCAUUCCGUAUGUCCUGCUGGAGGUUCCCAGUAACAUCCUGUUGAAGAAGUUCAAACGUCCCUCUACCUAUCUUGGAAUUCUUGUGCUUUCAUGGGGUAUUGUCAUGACCUGUACUGGCCUGGUGAAAAACUUUGCAGGUCUCAUGGUUACUCGAGUCUUGCUCGGUGUUUUCGAGGCCGGUUUCUUUCCCGGUGCUAUCUAUCUUUGCUCUUAUUGGUAUAUGCCCAAGGAAUUAGCCCUGCGUAUAUCCUACUUUUACUGUGCUAGUGCGCUUUCUGGUGCCUUUUCCGGCCUCUUGGCUGCCGCCAUUGCUCAGAUGGAUGGAGUGGGCGGUCUUGAAGGUUGGAGAUGGAUCUUUAUUUUGGAGGGCCUCGCUAGUGUCAUUCUAGGGGUCGCAUGCCUUUUUCUUCUGAUCGACACACCGUCGUUCUCUUCACGAUGGCUAUCCCCCAACGAGAUUCGGUACCUCGAACUUUCGAUGUUCAUCAAGCAAGGCGGAACCAGUGUCGAGGAAACCUCUUUCAAAAUUAGAGACUUGAAGAUGGUUCUCACAAAUUGGAGAGUAUAUGUGCAGGCCUAUUCUCUAUUCUGCCAAUCAGCACUAUCAUAUGGCACCAAAUUCACGCUUCCGACAAUCACCAAGGCAAUGGGGUUUAGCGAUACUAAUGCCCAGCUCACCUCUGCACCCCCCUAUGUCGCUGCCGCGAUAUCCGCCAUUGUAUUUGCCCGUCUCUCCGAUCGCUUUUACUGGCGAAUGCCGUUUGUAGCCAUUCCUAUGCUUAUUUGCGUGAUUGCUUACUCGGUUAUAUUUUCGCUCGAUGGGGCCCUGCAAGAAAAAAAGGGUGUCGCCUACUUUGCUGUUGUUCUAGCCGUCGUUGGAAUUUAUCCUAUCCAAUCUGCAGCCGCGUCUUGGAACGCGAACAAUAUCGCUCCAUCUUCGCGUCGGGCUAUCGGAAUUGCUCUUAUGAAUUGCGUCGGUAAUAUCGGAGGUAUAUUGGGCAGCUUCAUGUACAUGGAGAAGGAGAAACCCAAGUAUCAAACUGGGUUUGGUCUCAGUCUCGCACUAGCUGGUGUUGGCAUAUUCGUGGUUCUACUCCUUGAGUGGAGCUACAAGGUGGGCAAUUCACGAAAGGCGAAGCUCAUUGAUGAUGCACGAGCCAAGUAUACGGAAGAAGAGUUGUUCGACCUGGGAGAUAGGUCUCCGCUCUUCAAGUACACUUUGUAG